CUUUGUCGAAACGACAUCCCGAGAAAGGGGGCGGCAACCACCGCCGAGGUCGAGAGAAUGGAUGGCGGUCAGGGAGAUAGCAUCGUACUAGAAGAAGAGAUCGACCCAAAUUAUGAGCCGACGGAAGAUGAGGUCAUCGAGUACGCCAAGUGGCUGGGGAUGGACCUCGACGCCGAGCGGGAUCUAUUUUGGAUUGCGCGAGAAGGCUUGAAAGCACCUUUGCCGGAGAACUGGAAGCCGUGCAAGACGACUGACACGGGAGAAAUCUACUACUUUAACUUUGCCUCGGGGGCGAGUACUUGGGACCAUCCUUGUGACGAGUACUACCGCAAACUGUACGACGAUCACAAGAAGAAGACAAUUCAGGGGAAGAAAUUCCAAGACACGGACGACAAGAAGAAGAAGGAGAAGGACGACAUCGCUGAAAUCUUGGGUAAAAAGUCCAAGAAGGCGCCGAAAAAGGCCCCCAAGGGCGACUCGUUGGGCGCGGUCAAGUCGGGCAUGGAGAAGAAGCCGCUUGGCGCGAUUGGAAAGAUGCCAUUGCCAGGCGGCCUCGGCGCGUUGAAACCAGUUGGCGCUUUGGGGAGGCCGACCUCGAUGAAAUCCCACGAGGCCAAGAGCGACGACGACGACGAUGACGAUGACGAAGGCAAGUCCAGCGCCCCGACGAUCAAAGCUCUACCAUCCAGAAAACCACUCGGGAAGAAAGACACUCCUAAGAACACAUCCGAUGACGAAGCUGUCGAGUCCAAGACAGAAGAGUUGGCAGCCAAGCUGCGAAAGCUCGAGGACGAGCAUGCGAGCCAAGUUGCGGCGCUGCAGGCCAAGUUGGCCGCGAAAGAAUCCGAGAUCAAGCAGCAGCAAGCCGAACUGGACGACGAGGCCGCCACGAUCGAGAAGAAGCUGCAGAAACUUCACAAGGAGCACGCAGACGAAGUUGAGAACGUCAAAGAGCUGGACAAGAAACUGACCAAGCGGCGGAAGGACCUCGAAACCGAACAUCGCGAGUACAUGGACAACGCGGAGGCCAAGUUCAACGAAAAGAAGCGGGAUCUCGCGCGCAAGCAAGAGAAGGAACUGAAAGACAUGGACGAAAAGCACAAAGAGGCGCUCGAGGAUAUGGAUGCCGCGCAUGAAAAGGCGCUGCAGCGGCACGAAGCGAUCCGACGAAAGGAAGAGAUGCAGGCCGAGCACCGCGAAAAAGAAGAGGCCAGCCGCCUCGACAAACUCAACGCCGAGCUCGAUAUAGUCAAGACCGAAGCCGCGCAGUACAAAAGACAGGUCAAGACCCUCGAAGAGAAGAUGGAAGAAGCGUCGAAGGCACCAACGUAUUCGCCCGACCACGUCGCAGCCUUGGAAGCGUCGACUGAAGAAUUGAAACGCCAAGUCGAGAAGCUGAAGGAGCAGCUCAAGCAAAAGGACGCCGACAUGGAAGCGCAAAUGAAGCGUCAAGAAAAUGAUGCGUUCGAUGAAGCGAGACGUCAGGAUCCUGUUGCAGCAACAUCUCAAACAAACGCGUCCACAAACAAACAAGUCGAAGCGCUGGAAGAGGAAGUGACCUCCUUGAAGAAGAUGCUGCAGGAUGCGAAGCAAUGCGCCGAGAACGCCGACAAGAACGAAAAGUCGUGGGAGGCGGACCGCGCGAAAAUGGCGGCAGAACUUGCUACGUGGAAGACCAAGCACGAUGAAAUCGCAGGAAAGUUGAAAGCGACCGAAACGGCACACGUAUCCGAAGUCGCUCAGUUGCAACGAAAGCUUGGCGAAGCAGCGCAACCAACCCGUGCGACGAAGCAGACAGAUGACAGCGGGACAAACGAAUGGCAAGAAAAGUUUGAAGCCCUUGCGGUCAAGCACGACGUGCUUCAAACGGAAUGCGCCGCGGCCAAGUCCACGAUUGACGACUUGAAAACGGAUGCGACCAAGCUGGACAUGGCUUUCCGCGACUUGACCACGAAAUACGACGCUGCUUGCAAAGAAAACGAAGCCAAUGGAGCUACGACUGCCAGCAUGGCCGACUCCAAGCGAGCGUUGGAAGCCACGAUUGAGUCCCUCUCUGCCGCGAAAGUGUCGUUGCUCGCGCAACUGGAAGAUGCAAAAGCCUCUCACAGGGCGGCCAUGGAGCGCGCAGCGCAAGAGUUGCGCCAAGCCAAAGCGGACACUGCGUCGUGGCAAAGCCAAUACGAAAACCUCAUGGAUGCCACAAACAAAGAUCAAGCCAUCAACGACCAACUGCAGCAAUGGCAAGCCAAGUACAACGAUCUCCAGUCGUCACACGAAGAAUCUGAAGCGGCGUCCCGCGCCCAACUGGACGCCGUCGACAGAAAACUCAAGGGACUCGAACGCGAUCACGCAGCUAGUGUCGAGACGUGGAAGAAGAAGUUGCACGAAGCCGAGAGCGAUGGGCAACGCCAGCUCGCGGUAGCCAAGGCGACCAUCGCCGACCUCCAAGCCAAGUGGACUUCCAUGCAAAGCCAAGAGUCGUCCACGAGCACCCUAGUUGCAUCGCUGCAAGAACAGCUAAACCAAGCGUACCGCCAAGCUCAGGAGAGCCACGACUCGAACGACGCAAUGGACCGCGCGCACAAACGCGCGCUGGAAGCCCACCAAGCGCAGUGGAAGCAACAACUCGACGAUUUGCAAGUAGCGCACUCGUCGGCGCUGCAAAAUCUAAAGAGUGACUUGAUCGCGGUCGAGUCAGCCAAGCGCAAGCUCGACGACCAACGUGCAACCUUGGAGCGGAAACUCAAGCAAAAGGAAAAUGAAGUGGCCAUGUUGACGACGCAAAUCCAAGCGCAGCAGGCGACGACUCAAGAAACGGCAACGUCCAUGUGGGAAUGGGAAAAGGACAAACUCAUGAGCCAGCGAAAUGCCCUCGAAAGCGAGAAAGCCGACGUCGAGGCCCGGUUGGACACGCUGCGUGCAGAGCAUGACGUGCUGCUUGAUACCCACCAUCGCACCGUGCUUGACAAGGAGGUCGCCGACAAGAAAGCCAAGCAAAGCGACCUCGACAAGGACCAACUCGCUCAGAAACUCAAAGGCGUUGAAAAGGAAUGCGACGCCGUCCAAACGAAAUGGCGAGCGUUGACGACGGAAGCAAAUGAUCUGAAGACUGCGCUGAGCAAAGCCAAGCUUGGGCUCCAAACUGCAGAAGCGCAGUACGAGAAAGCGUCGGAAGAAUGCCGCAGCCUGGAAGGACUCGUCAAGCAAGCUCGCGACUUGAGCGACAAGCACCAGGCGGACGCCCGCGGCCUGCAAUUGCAACUAGACGACGCCCUCUUUCAAAAACAACGCGUCGAGCACGACCUGUUGAACCUUCAGCAUGAACUCGACCGCGUCAACGAACAAAACACCCUGCGAUUGUCGAGCACGUCCGCGAUGACCAGCAGCGGCGAACACGAGAGUUUGAGACAUCAAGUCGAGCAACUCACAGCGGACUCUCGGGCUGCCAACGACAAAGUGAGGCAGCUUCAAGCGAGGGCGCAGGAAUUUGAGACCAAGUACAAGCAGGGACAGGAAACUUACGAUCGGCACACGACUUUGUGGGUAGCGGAGAAGCAAAGUCUAGUGGACAAGCUCGACAAGUUGAAGAGCCAGCACCAGCAACUAGACCGCCAGCUUCGAACGACCAGCCACGACAAAGAAGACGUGGAGGCUCAGCGCGAUCGAUUGCACGACGAAAAGGCGGAUCUGGAAAAGCGCUUGAAGCAUCAAACCGACGCGGUCGCAGCCGCACAGACCAAGCUCUCGGAGACUGUGCAUCACGUCGACGAACUCGAUGGGAAGUUUCGGUCCGCAACGUAUGAAUUGCAUGCAGCGGAAGGCAAACUCAAGCGUUUGGAGCACGAACUGGAUCGCACCAAGGCUGAACUCGCGUCGCGCACCCAAGACAAAGACUCGAUGGAAGCCAAAUGGCGCCAGGACGUUGCUCAGUUUGAAGCCAAGCUAAAGAGCAUACGCCAAGACCAAACCGACCAGCUCCAUAAACGAGUGGGCGAGGAGCAGGCAAAGCGGGACGAAGCUGCUCUCGAGUGGAAGCGCGACGCGGACGACAAAAAGAAGGAGUGGCAGGCGCGACUUAGCCAGCUCGAAUCGGACAAGUCAGCAGCCCAGGCGCAGCUGAUUCAAGUCUCCAAGGAGCUGGCGACCACACAAAACGACAUGGAGCACCUGUCGUCGCUAAAGCAAAAGCUGGAAGCACAAGCGAAAUCUCACGCGGAGCAAGCUGAAAAAGAUCGAAACGAAUGGCAAGACCAACUCGACCAAGUCAAAGCAAAGUUGAAGACCGCGUUAGCCGAAAAGGACGAGCUCAUGGUGUCGGUGGCCUCCGCCGGCCCCAACCGCGGGAAUCGCAUCUCAUCAAUGCAACAAGACAUACCUCCGCAGUGUGACAAUGGGCCAGCGCAACUGAAACUUCAAAUGGCCCAGGUUUCCAAAACCGAGUUGGAAACCCAUUUGCACGACAUCACAAUGCAAUGCGAAAGUUGGCGGCGAAAGGCAGCGCUGCUGGAUUCGCGUAGUCGGGAUUUGGCGCUCGAGAUCGAGGCGUUGCACGUAGAAAACGCUGCACUUCGCGCGUCCAGCCAACGCAUGCACACGUCUGCGCUUGACAGCCUCAGCACCGUCGAACGACUCAACUACGAGCACAAAAAACGAAUGGUCCGGUCCGAGUACAUGACGCAGCUGCGCGAGUUCACCGAGCGCGAGGAGUUGGCGCUCGCUCGCCAAAAGGCCCGCGUCCGUGCGAGUUGCGAACGGCAGUUGGACGAGCUCGUUGGUGAUUUUGAAAAGCAAAAGGCGCAGCGGAUGGACCAAGAAGAACGCGAGUUUCAAUCGGCCCUGCAUCACUGCCAGUCGGAAAACCAAAUGAAGCUGGGGCAAGUGCUCAAAGACCAUCGCGACAAACUGGCCGCGCUCGAACACGAACUCCAGCACAAACAGACAAAGCAUCUUCAGACGCUGUCCAAGCAGAUGCAAGAGGAAGAAGACCAGUUGUCGGCGCGCCUGCGAGAUACAAAGCAGCUCAAUCGGGAAGACGACUUGGCACAUGUUUCUCGUCUACAGCCUGGAUCGUUCGAAGUGCCAGUCGCAUGGACCAAGCUGCAUGACGAACCGGCACGUGUUGCGGCGGCAAUGAGUCCAUCGCGAUCUCCAGCUCGCCAACCCGUAAAGGUGAGGAAACCAGAGUCGAAGCCGCACCACCAUGCGUGGCGGCGUCGGCUUCAGCAAGAACACGAGCUACUGUCCAAGACCAAGCAGUACUUGACAAAGCAGAAGAGGAGCCUCAAACAGCGAAUGGCCAAGUUGCAGGACGAGAAGGAGUGGUGGCAGCGCCGGCCACAUUAUCACACGAAAGCGCGCGACAACAUGAAGUACCUUCUCGAGCAGCAUGCACAUCAGCUGGCAAGCGAUGCCAAGGAGUUGAAAGCGACCGAGAAAUGGAUGGUCAAGCGAGAGCGCAAGAUACACGCGCUGGACCGUUCGUGCAACCAAGAUGUCGAGGUAGACUUGGACGAAGACGGCGAGGGCGACCCGUCCGAAGCGUCCGUAGACGUGCACGUGGAGCAGUUGCUCGAUGACUUAGUUUCCGAUGGAUCGACGAUGUCGGCCAAGCUCCACACAUACUCAAGAAGCCAGAUGCAAGCAGCAGCCACGCUUCCGUGGCCAUCCGAGAUCGCUGAACGAUACGAGGCACCGUCACAGCCGUCGUACUCAGUCGUGUACCCCAGCCGAAGCGUCGACGCGUAUGUGGAUCGGGGAGGGCAUUGGGCUGGGUAUGCUUACCAACCCCACUACACUCGACUCCCAGAACGGGUCCAUGCCUACGAGCCAUUCAUGCCGACAGCUCCUCGCACCCCGCUGUACGACUCCAAAUUGAGCAAUUGGGUCCACAAACGAGAACGGGCGAGUGCUGCGGCAAGCGCCCACAGCAACUACCUGACCCAGUUGUCGCAAGAACUAAAGGCGUAUUCAAGCAAGUACCAAACCGCGCAUUCGGAAGGCGAAGUCGACGCGUUGCCGUGACAGGAUGUCUGCUUUGUAGCUACCUUUCGGCCCCUGCGUUUGGCACAUGCCGCUCAUGAAAAAUAUACAUCCUGCCUCGUCCUGUCUCG